CAUGCAGUCCAAAAGAUCGAGUUAUUCUAUGUAGUGAUUAAUAUGCAACAACACGAUUUAACAACACCUCCUUGCGAAAGAUGCGUCUUCCCUUUAUACUGAGAUCAAAUAAGUAAAUUUAUAAGCUAGAGCUGCCAAAGACCAGUGUAAUAUUUUUAUAACUCGUCCUGUAGAGGGAGCGCAGUGGUGAAUCGAUAGGAGGGGCUAUCUCACAUCGGCCGACAGUUGUUUCCAAAGGACAGAGAAGAGGAAAAAGCAACAGUAUUCAUAGGGAGCCCAGAGAGAAGACCGACCUGCACGAUUCCUUUUGGAAAGAAAACGCCGAGGACCAUCUAUUAUACAAAUACAUUCUGCUAUUAGAUAGAUCUGUAUUACAUAGGACCGCAAGGAUACUCUGUUCUUGGGGUUUAUCGUCGCUGGCUGAAGAGCGCGCGCAGAGGUUGCGACUGGACAGAGGCGCGGUGGAAGCGAGAAGCGCGAGCCGCUGUGGGGCUGAUGCGCGCGGCCUGUCCCUCAGCAGCGGCCCGCCAUGGCGGAGACCAAGAUCAUCUACCACCUCGACGAGCAGGAGACUCCCUACCUCAUCAAACUACCCAUUCCCGCUGAAAACGUCACGCUCGCCGACUUCAAAAAUGUCCUCAAUAAACCCAACUACAAAUUUUUCUUCAAAUCCAUGGACGAUGAUUUCGGGGUGGUGAAGGAGGAGAUAUCUGAUGACAACGCCAAACUACCGUGUUUCAACGGACGUGUUGUGUCAUGGCUGGUGUCUGCAGACGGCUCUCAUGGCUCUGACGGCGGUUCAGUGUGCGCAGACUCUCAGGCCGAUCUGCCGCCCCCGCUGGAGAGGACAGGAGGCAUCGGAGACUCCAGACCCCCUUCCUUCCAUGCGAAUGCCGCAGGAAGUCAGGAUGACCUGGGCAAUGAUACCGAGCCUGAGGUGGGUCCAUCGCUGAGAAGAGACCGAGACCGAGAGCGAGAGCGAGAGAGAGUCAAAGACAGAGACCGAGAGAGGGAGAGAGAGAGGCCUCGUCGGAAAGAUACACAUGAACAUGGAGGCCGGUUGAAUGGUCACUCGCGGCCGGAGCGCAGGCCGGAGAUCGCCGGCUAUGAGAGCUCAUCCACGGUGAUGAGCAGUGAGCUGGACACGACCAGCUUCUUCGACUCAGAAGAGGAGGACUCUGCUAGCAGGUUCAGCAGCUCUACGGAGCAGAGCACAUCGUCACGUCUCAUGAGACGCCAUCGCCGCCGCAGACGGAAACCCAAAGCUCCCAGAAUGGAGAGGUCCUCAUCGUUCAGCAGCAUAACUGACUCCACCAUGUCUCUGAACAUCAUAACUGUCACAUUAAACAUGGAGAAGUAUAAUUUUCUGGGCAUUAGUAUAGUCGGGCAGAGUAAUGAGAGGGGCGAUGGAGGAAUCUACAUUGGCUCCAUCAUGAAAGGCGGUGCAGUGGCUGCUGACGGACGCAUUGAGCCUGGUGACAUGCUCCUGCAGGUGAACGAUAUCAACUUUGAGAACAUGACUAAUGAUGAUGCAGUGAGGGUGCUACGAGAGAUUGUCCAUAAACCUGGACCCAUCACACUGACUGUGGCCAAAUGUUGGGAUCCAAACCCUCGUAGCUGUUUCACCCUCCCACGAAGUGAGCCGAUCCGUCCCAUCGACCCUGCUGCCUGGGUGUCUCACACUGCCGCUAUGACGGGGGCGUACCCAGUGUACGGUAUGAGCCCUUCCAUGAGCACAAUCACCUCCACCAGCUCCUCCAUCACAAGCUCCAUUCCAGAGACUGAGCGGUUCGAGGAUUUCCAUCUGUCCAUCCAUAGCGACAUGGCAGCAAUAGCCAAAGCAAUGGCAUCUGCAGAGUCAGGCCUGGAGGUGCGGGACAGAAUGUGGCUAAAGAUCACCAUCCCCAACGCCUUCAUAGGUUCAGAUGUGGUGGAUUGGCUCUAUCAUCACGUCGAGGGCUUUACAGACAGACGGGAGGCACGCAAAUACGCCAGCAACCUGCUAAAAGCUGGCUACAUCCGGCACACUGUCAACAAGAUCACCUUCUCUGAACAGUGCUAUUACAUCUUUGGAGACCUGUGCGGCAAUAUGGCCAGUCUCACCUUGCAUGAACAUGAUGGUUCUAGUGGAGCGUCUGACCAGGACACUCUGGCUCCGUUGCCUCACCCUGGUGUAGCUCCCUGGCCGCUCACGUUCCCUUAUCAGUACCCGAUCCCUCACCCGUACAAUCCCCACCCUGUGCACGACCCCAGCUACAGCUUCACUGCAGGGGGCGGCAGCGCUGGCAGCCCGCACAGCGAAGGCAGUCGAAGCAGUGGCUCGAAUCGAAGCGGCAGCAAAAAUGACGCAAACGUAGCGGCUGGAACCCAAGCGGCUGGAACGCAGGAGUCUGGAGGCCGAUCCGGCAGCGGCAGUGAGUCUGAGAAAAGAGAGAAGGCUCCCAGCGAGCGCUCUGCAGCGCCCCCUAGCGAACACAGCGUGCGUAGCUCACACACCAUCCGGAGCGUCCAGAGCCUGGUGUGUGGAGCGCCCGGCCUCCCUCCGCAGCCACAGCCACAGCCACAGACACUCGUAACAGCAGCGCCGGGCUCUCCUCCGGACCGAGACCUGGCCUCGGUGCCGCCCGAACUCACAGCCUCACGCCAAUCUUUCCGCAUGGCCAUGGGGAACCCCAGUGAGUUCUUCGUCGAUGUCAUGUGAUGCUCUUCAGUUGACCCCGAGGGUCGACUCACAUGCUCAAGGCACUGUGAAAUCAAGAAAAGAAGAUGUGGAGGAAGACAAGAAAGAGAUGCAUUGACUUUUUAGUGGCUGAGUGUCCCUCCUAAUGUCCCUCCUGUGUCCUGUGGCUUGCACUUUCUUCAGUGAAGAAGACUGGAACAGAUCAUGUAUCCCAUCAUGCCCUCAGAGACCCGAGGUCUCUGAUUUAAGGAGACUCUGUGCGAUGCAGUGAUGAAGGUGAAUGCUUGCUGGUUUUUGUGUACUUUUUAUGUACUUUACCUGAGUUUUUUUAAUAUUUUGUCCUCUGACUGGUUUAUUAACCUCAAGAUAUGUUUUUCAAUCAAAGAUUAACUAAAUUAAGCAGGAGAGAAAAGCAUGAUAUGAGAAGAAAAUCACCUUUUGCAUUUUAAGAAUGAACAAAUCAUUUUUAAUGAUUUAAAAAGACAAACGCUAUCAAAAGAUAGAAUCUUUGGCAAUUAUUUUAUAUUUAUGGAUUUAAUUUUCUGCUAAGAACAGUGGAGAGUGAGAGAGAAAGAGAGAGAGAGUUUUUAAGUUUACAGACAGGCCUUUUAAAGCCCGCCUUACUCUUACUCUUUAUUAAACAUGAUGCAUGAUGUCUUUUGUUGUUUUAAUAACCUGAACUGAUGAAUUGUGCACAAUAAGACCAGGGACAUUUAUUAAGUAAAUCAAGUCAAUUGUGGUUUGAUAUUGAUUUAAAGAACUUACCUGGGAGAUAUUCAGUCCUGUAAUGUUAUUCUUUGUAAACAUGUACUGAACCUGCAACAGUGAUGUUAUGUCAAUGUUAUCAGCAGUCCUAAAGCAACCCGAUGAUGCACUAUUAUUCUUAUAAUAUGAUGGAGAGCAGCUCUCUUCACUCUCUCACUCUUCCCCAAACGACACAGUACUUAAUAUGUUAAUGUCUGUCAUCAUUAACCAUCAGCACUCUACUUCUUUGUUUCUCUGUAAACCUUCCUCUUUUUUUUCUCAGAUGCAUUUAUCACAUUUUGAAUUAUUGGAAACAGGUAGUAUUGAAUGGUUCAAUUUAAUACUCGCUGUACACUGUUUUAUGACAAAACAAAACAAAUUGUUUUAUUUAUAAAUAUAGUUUAUUGCCUAAA